ACGAGGCGGGCCUGUCUGCGCCGCCGUCUCGGUGGUGCGGGGCCUCCAGGGGGGGCGGCGGAGACGUGGCGGAGCCGGCUAGGCAGAUCACCGCGGCGAUGGCUGAGGGCGACGGCGGCGCGGGCGGCCUGCCCAGAGGGGCGUCCCGGGAGGACGAGGAGCCCGCGACUCCGGAGGGCGGCGGGGAACCGAGGGAAGCGGAGCCGGCGGCUCUGACGCGGAAGAGGCCCGAGACGAAGCCCCCCGGCGAGCCCGCUCUGGUGGAAGAGCCCCCCGGCCCAGCCCAGAAGGUCUCUGAAUCCACGGAGCCAUCUCAGACCGGGUGGGGAUACUGGGGCAGCUGGGGAAAGUCGCUUCUCUCCACCGCCUCUGCUACAGUUGCUACUGUAGGUCAAGGCAUUUCCAAUGUCAUAGAAAAAGCAGAGACCUCCCUGGGGAUCCCCAGCCCUAGCGACAUCUCUUCAGAGGCCAGCGAUGCGGCAGGAGGUAGCCAGAGUCCCGAAGAGAGUGCUACACACAGAGUCGAUGAUGGCAGUUCCUCGCCUAUCAGUGGGGCUCUUGGAGUAUUAUCCACUAUUUCUACUGCUGUUCAGAGCACGGGGAAGACUGUAAUUACUGGAGGGUUGGACGCCUUGGAGUUCAUUGGGAAAAAAACAAUGGAUGUGAUAGCUGAAGGAGACCCAGGAUUCAAGAAAACAAAGGGUUUGAUGCACAGGACUUCCACGUUGUCUCAGGUCUUGCGAGAGGCAAAGGAGAAAGAAGAGCAGCAGACAGCUACCGAAGUUACCAUGGCGACAGAGAAGAAAGCCCAUUAUGGGUUACUCUUUGAUGAAUUUCAGGGUCUUUCUCAUUUGGAAGCCUUAGAGAUGCUUUCCAGAGAGAGCGAAUCCAAGGUGAAGUCAGUUUUGCAUGCCCUUUCUGGAGAAGAGUUGGAUGCCUUGAAAAUGGAGCUGGAACAGCUCAAAGAAGCGUUUUCCUUGGCAGAGUUCUAUGAUGACGACGACGAAGAGAAGAAGGGUGACGAGGACUUUACCAGGGACAUAACCGAGCUCUUUUCAGAAUUGCGGGUCUCUACCAGGCCAGACAAACUCUCUGCGGCAAGAAGAUCUACUCACGAGUGGAUUGCAAGACUCAACGCAGAACCCCUGAAAGAAGAGCAGGGGAAUGACGAUGCCCAACAAACGGGUUCCAGUGACGCUGCUUCAGAUGACAGAAAAUCAGUAGAGGACAUUCACGCAUUUGCCAUUAGGAGCCUGGCUGAGCUGACGGCGUACUCCAUUGAGUUGUUCCACAAAACUGCAGCGCUGAUCCUGCAUGGUCAGAAGCAAGAGUUGUCGGCCGUAGACAGAGCCAAAGCCCUUUCACAAAUGACAAUUGUACUGUGCAAAGAAUUGUCUUCUCUAUCCAAAGACUUUACUACCUGCUUAACGACAGCAGGGGUCAAAGAGAAGGCAGAUGUGCUUAAUCCAUUAAUCACUGGAGUGUUUUUGGAGGCUUCCAACAGUGCUUCCUAUAUCCAGGAUGCCUUCCAACUCCUCCUGCCCGUGCUACAGAUCUCUCUAAUUCAGACUCAGACUGAAUCACCACAGCAAUAAAUUACUUCUAAAUGAGCACCUGCCCGACCAGCCUACUUCAUAGUUCCCAUGCUUGGGAAUAGGGUAGGGACAGAUACCGCAGGAAAGAAAACACUUUGAUGAUUGGUGCUGCAGAGGGGAAGCUGAAAUGCCAGCUUGGCUGUGACAGCUGUGCAACUUAGCCAGAGACGUGAAGGAUGUGACUAGUAUAGUUCAGGCAGAUGGACAAUAUGACAGACUUAAGUGCAAGCUACUUCUCUAAGUUUGGCUGGUUUUUUUUCUUCUCUUUUCUCCCUUAGCUGAGUGUGUUAACGAGCUCCUUGAAGAAAGAAAGGUUUCUGGGAAUACGACACUAGAGUGGAGGCCCCGGCGUGUUGUCUGUGGCCCCAGAAAAUUAAAUACUUAACUCUCCCUGUAGUACUCAGCUUUAAGUGUUGUGUGCAUGUGGCACAAUUACCUGCUCAGUAUUGUUGCCCAGGGGCCAGUAAAGACUGGGACCACUGUGGUUGAGGAAAUGCUUGAUCACCGGUUAGCGUGUAGCUGGAAGAUGCUGGGAUUUUGGAUUUAGAGAUGUGGAAUUAAGUUCUUCAUAGGCUUUUUUUUUUUUUCCUCAAAUAUGUGGUGGCUGCAAGCUAAAAGGCUCAAGUUCUUAGCAAUGACUUCUAGGUUUGCCUAAGAGCUUAGCAGUAUGCUACCUUGUGUUGUGUCUGACCCUUGCCUUGCAUUUCACCUUCCAUUACAAAAACAGCACCGUGCUGAAGAGUGUCGACACUUAUGGUCUGUGUGAACUGACUUGGGGAUGUCCUAUAAGACCUUAUUCCUCUUUCCUGUGUCAAGAAGACAUUUUGGGCCCUGCUCUGGGGAGAAAGCAGUCACAGGGCUGACACGGUCCUACUCUCCGAGUGCCUGGUUUCAUAGCAAUAAAUGAAAAGCAGCUAAAGGGGACCGGUUCCUGUUCAAGAGAUUCAUUAAAACAAUAUCACUGGAGAAAACUUGCCCUUCCUUUUUUUGUAGGGCUUGACACAUCAAUUGUAUAUGACUGUGUGCUCAGUCAGGUACCACUGAAGGGGUUUCUUAAAUCACUGUGUAAAAAGGACGUACUGCACUACUACUUGCCUUGAUAAAGCAGCCAAGGAAAUGGCUUGAUGCUAUUGUUGGGGCUCCUUAUCUGUUCCAGGGGCUACCUCGUUUCCUUGGGCUUUGAACACUCCUUUAUGUUGUUCCUCUUUGCACUGUCGCUUGAGCUGCUUCUCUGGAAGCAAACAGCCUCUUCUGGAAUAACAGGCUAAGAAAUAUGCAACUUCCAUGGGAUAAAAGGGGAAUCUAGAGUAACAAGCAAGAAGUGGUUGUUACCCCUGGUUUCCUUUGUAUUGAUACAUCAGCUUUAAACCUCUCAAGGUUUUAGCAGGCUUAGCCCGCUUCCGCUCUGCUGAAGAAAUGUUGGGCCAAAUAGAGAAUUGUUUUUUACUAUAGAAAUGCCCUUUGACUAAAAGCCUCUCCGGUUUUUAUAAUCAUAGGCAGGGCAACCUCCCCUUGCUUUAGCUGUGGUAUCUAUCCCGAGGUCUCAUCCUUCUGACUGUUUGUAAUAAAAGUGUAUGCAGAUCUGUCUCAAUCUCUGGGGGGAAAAAAAACUGCACCGCAAUAAAGUAUAUAUAUUUUUGUCUUCCUUA